ACUUCAUUUAUCCUGGUGACAGAUUGGUUUUUUGCACUUCAAAGAUGUCAGCGGGGAAAGAAGGAGACACUUUAUGCUUCUUUAUCAACGGCAAAAAGGUAACAGAGAACCAUGCCGACCCUGAGACGAUGCUGUUAUCCUUCCUCAGAGAGAAACUGCGGUUAACUGGGACCAAGUACGGCUGCGGCGGUGGAGGCUGCGGGGCGUGCACGGUCAUGGUGUCUCGCUAUCAGCCUGCCACCAAAACCAUCAUACAUUACUCAGCCAACGCCUGCCUCCUGCCGCUCUGUCAGCUCCACGGAGCUGCAGUCAUCACGGUGGAGGGCAUCGGCAGCACCAAGACCAGGAUCCACCCUGUACAGGAGCGAAUAGCGAAAGCUCAUGGCUCCCAGUGCGGCUUCUGCACUCCAGGGAUGGUGAUGUCCAUGUAUGCUCUGCUGAGGAACAAACCUCAACCAACCAUGGAGGACAUCACCCAGGCUCUGGCUGGUAAUCUGUGUCGCUGUACUGGAUAUCGCCCUAUUGUUGACGGCUGCAGGACCUUCUGUCAGGAAACAAACUGCUGCCAAGCCAAUGGAGUCGGAAACUGUUGCCUCAAUGGAGCGAACAAUGCUGAUGAACCAGAGCAUGAAAAGCCACAGUUGUUUGACAAGGAUGAUUUUCUGCCACUAGACCCGACACAGGAGCUGAUCUUCCCUCCUGAACUGAUUCUGAUGGCAGAGAUGGCGAACCCACAGACUCUCACCUUCUGUGGGGAGAGGAUGACCUGGGUGUCCCCCACCUCUCUGGAGGAGCUGGUCCAGCUGAAGACCAGUAACCCUAAAGCUCCACUGGUGAUGGGCAACACCAACAUAGGUCCAGACAUGAGGUUCAAAGGUGUCCAGCAUCCACUGAUAAUAUCUCCAACCAGAGUUACGGAGCUGUUUGAGGUCACCCAGACACCACAGGGUGUUUGUUUGGGAGCAGGCUGCAGUCUGUCCGAGGUUCGGUCUCUUUUGGAGAAGCUGGUUCCUCAGCUUCCAGAGGAGAAGACCGAACUCUUCAAGGCCCUGAUCCAGCAGCUGGGGAACCUGGGAAGCCAGCAGAUCCGUAAUGUUGCUUCUCUUGGAGGUAACAUCAUGAGCGCGUACCCUAAUUCAGACCUGAAUCCUAUUCUGGCUGCUGGGAACAGCAAAGUGAGCGUCAUUUCCAGCGGAGGAAGACGAGAGGUUCCUCUCAAUCAGGACUUCUUUGUGAGCUUUGGGAAAACCAUCCUGAAACCGGAAGAGAUCCUCGUCUCUGUCUUCAUUCCCUUUUCCAGAAAGGGUGAGUUUGUCCGAGCUUUCCGUCAGGCUCCGAGGAAGGAGAGCUCUUUUGCCACCGUGACGACAGGGAUGAGAGUGUUUUUCUCUGAGGGAUCUAGAGUGGUUCAGGACAUUAGUAUUUACUAUGGAGGAAUGGGACCGACCACCGUCAGCGCUGCCAAAACCUGCGCAGCUAUUGUCGCAAGGCCGUGGGACGAUGAAACCCUCAGCCGAGCCUAUGACAUCCUCCUGGACGAGUUGGCCCUGCCUCCUUCGGCCCCGGGAGGAAAAGUAGAGUUUCGGCGCUCCCUGACUCUCAGCUUCCUCUUCAAAUUUAACCUGGAGGUCCUGCAGAAGCUCAGAGAAAUGAAUGUGAUCACAGAUGAGCUUCCUGAGAAGAUGCAGAUCAAGCCUUUACCCAGAGAGAUCCAACGCAGCCUGCAGGAGUUCCAGCAUGUGUCAAAGGGCCAGAGCAACCAGGACCCAGUGGGACGUCCCAUCAUGCAUCGCUCUGCCAUCAGCCAGGCCACAGGUGAAGCCGUCUACUGUGAUGACAUCCCCAAAACAGACGGGGAGCUCUUCCUGGCUCUGGUCACGAGCUCUCGGGCACACGCUAAGAUCACAGGGCUGGAUGUGAGCGAGGCUCUGCAGCUGCCUGGUGUUGUCGAUGUCAUCACUUCCAAAGAUAUUCCUGGGAAGAAAGUCCGUUCAAUGUUUGGCUAUCACGAGGAGCUGCUUGCUGAGUCCAAGGUGUCGUGCAUCGGUCAGAUGGUAUGUGCGGUGGUUGCUGACACCAGGGCGCACGCCAAACGAGGCGCAGCAGCUGUGAAGAUCAGCUACGAAGACCUGCCGGACCCUGUUUUCACCAUAGAGGAAGCUGUUGAAAAGUCGUCUUUCUUUGAGCCACUGAGGAUGAUCGAGAGAGGAAAUGUAACUGAGGCCUUUAAGAGUGUUGAUCAGGUUUAUGAGGGAGAGAUGCGAAUGGGUGGACAGGAGCAUUUCUACAUGGAGACUCAGAGCAUGCUGGUUGUUCCUGUCGGUGAAGAGACAGAGUUCAAUGUUUACGUCUCCACACAGUGGCCAACUUUAACUCAGGAUGCAGUUGCAGAGACGCUUGACAUCCCGUCCAACAGAGUCACGUGUCAUGUCAAAAGGAUCGGCGGAGCGUUUGGAGGAAAGGUCACUAAAACCUCCAUUCUGGCUUCUAUCACCUCUGUGGCUGCAUGGAAGACCAAUCAUGCAGUCCGCUGUGUUCUGGAGCGAGGGGAGGACAUGUUGAUUACAGGAGGGCGUCACCCCAUCCUGGGAAAGUACAAGGUGGGCUUCAUGAAUGAUGGAAGGAUCGUGGCUGCAGAUAUCCAGUACUUCACCAAUGCUGGCAACACUGUGGAUGAAUCUGUUCUGGUGGUUGAGAAGAUUCUGCUUCACAUGGACAACACCUACAACAUCCCCAACCUGCGAGGCCGUGCCGCCGCCUGCAGGACCAACCUGCCUUCCAACACCGCCUUCAGGGGCUUCGGCGUGCCCCAAAGCAUCAUGGUUGUGGAGAACAUGGUCAACGAUGUGGCUGUGGUGCUGGGACGCCCUCCAGACCAGGUGCGGGAGAUCAACAUGUACAAGGGGCUGUCAGUCACCCACUACAAGUUUGAGUUCAGCCCAGAGAACAUGCUGCGCUGCUGGGAGGAAUGUAAGGCCAAGUCUGACUACAGCGCCCGCCGCAGAGCCAUCGACCAGUUCAACCAGCAGAGCCGCUGGAAGAAGAGAGGGAUGUCCCUCAUUCCUAUUAAAUAUGGCAUCGCGUUUGCUGAGAGCUUCUUAAAUCAGGCUGCAGCUCUGGUCCACAUCUAUAAAGACGGCUCUGUUCUGGUCAAUCAUGGGGGGACGGAGAUGGGCCAGGGAAUCCACACUAAAAUCCAGCAGGUUGCAAGCCGAGAGCUUCAUAUCCCGCCCUCUAAGAUCUACAUCAGUGAAACCAGCACCAACACUGUUCCCAACACCUGCCCCUCUGCUGCUUCCUUUGGCACUGAUGCCAACGGCAUGGCAGUCAAGAACGCCUGCCAGACUCUGUACCAGCGACUGGAGCCAUUGAGGCAGAAGGAUCCUAAAGGAUCAUGGGAGAGUUGGGUCAGGGCAGCGUUUUUUGAGAAAAUCAGUUUAUCUGCUACUGGAUUCCACAGAGGUCCAGACCUUUACAUGGACUGGGACAAGAUGGAGGGUCAGCCUUAUGCAUACUACACGUUCGGAGCGUGUUGCUGUGAGGUGGAGCUGGACUGCCUCACAGGAGACUACAGGACUGUGAAGACGGACAUUGUGGUCGACAUCGGCAGGAGUCUGAACCCCUCUGUGGACAUUGGGCAGAUUGAAGGAGCGUUCAUGCAGGGUUUGGGUCUGUACACCCUGGAGGAGUUAAAGUUUUCCCCCUCUGGGCUCCUGUACACUCGCGGCCCGUCUCAGUAUAAGAUCCCCGCAGUGUGUGACAUGCCGCUUCAAUUCAACGUCUACCUGCUGUCAGACUCCCACAACCCCCACGCCAUCUACUCCUCAAAGGGUAUUGGAGAACCUGUCCUCUUCCUGGGCAGCUCAGUGUUCUUCGCCAUCAAAGACGCUGUGGCUGCUGCUCGCUCGGAGUCUGGUCUAGUCGGCCCAUUUUCCCUGGACAGUCCAGCAACACCAGAGAGAGCCUGUCUGGCCUGUGCCUCCAGGUUCACUCAGAAGAUUCCAGACAGUAAACCAGGAUCUUUCAAACCACGGGCCUUAAACAUCUAAAACUGAAACUAAUUCUUUUCUGUUGUUGCAAGCUAGAAUGACUGUGAACUCAGCGUAACUAACAAUAAUGUACUAAUACAGUUAGUUUACUAAUUACUUACACCAUAAACUAUCUUUACAUGUGUAUUUUUAAAAAACAAAUCAGACUGAACAACAUUGCACAUUUAUCCUCAUUCUCAACCAUGUAUAAUGUGAAACAACUGCAUCAUGACCACUUGAUUUUACAGCACAUUUGAAUGUGUAUCUCUGUUUCAACAACAAAAUAAAUAAUUAUGUCUUAA